UUGUCCAACAAUUCACCACCGGAAGCUUCCCCCCAUCAUCUUCUUAUACACUCCCCACUCCUCCCUCAACAAACUUCAAACUUUUCUCUCUUUCUCACUCUGAAUUCAUGGCUACUUCCAUUUUUAUGUUUAACUUAUUAGUUCUGAUAUCAUCACUCUUCCCUGCAUCAUCAUCCCAAGUUGUUCUUCUACCUCUAACCCACUCCCUUUCCAAAGCCCAAUUCACCUCCAUCCACCACCUCCUCAAAUCCACCACUACCCGCUCCGCCACCCGCUUCCACAGCCACCACCAUCGCCACCAACAAGUCUCUCUCCCUCUCUCGCCUGGCAGUGAUUACACUCUUUCCUUCUCUCUUGGCAACUCCAACUCCUCUGUUUCUCUCUACCUCGAUACCGGCUCCGACUUCGUCUGGCUCCCUUGCCACCCUUUCGAAUGCAUUCUCUGUGAGUCGAAACCCGAAAAGGCUCAACCUUUAACCAUUUCCUCCACCGCCUCGACCCUCUCUUGUCAAUCCCCUGUUUGUUCUGCAGCUCACUCUUCUCUCCCCACUUCAAGUUUAUGCGCUAUUGCUAAAUGCCCCCUCGACUCCAUUGAAACUUCUGAUUGUAAAUCUUUCUCUUGCCCCCCUCUUUAUUAUGCUUAUGGAGAUGGCAGCUUGAUUGCCACACUCUAUAAAGAUUCUUUAUCCAUGCCAGUCUCUUCACAGAAGUCUUUGGUUCUUUCUAACUUCGCCUUCGGUUGCGCCCACACCACUCUGGCGGAACCCGUUGGUGUUGCCGGUUUUGGUCGCGGUGUACUCUCAUUUCCAGCUCAGCUUUCUUCUUUAUCUCCUCAACUGGGCAACAGAUUUUCUUACUGUCUCGUCUCUCACUCGUUUGAUUCUGACAAAACCCGUCUUCCAAGUCCGCUCAUUCUUGGCCGCUAUGAAGAUAAAGAGAAAGUUAUAAACGGGGACGAAACUGAGUUUGUGUAUACUGAAAUGUUGGAUAAUCCGAAACAUCCAUAUUUUUAUUCCGUUGGGCUGGACGGAAUCUCGGUUGGGAAAAAGAAUAUUCCGUCUCCUGGGUUUUUAAAAAGAGUUGACAGGAAGGGAAAUGGAGGGAUGGUGGUGGAUUCAGGGACGACUUUUACUAUGUUGCCGAAGAGUCUAUAUGACUCAGUAGUGGCUGAAUUUGAUCGUCGAGUUGGAGGGAGUCAUGAGAGGGCUAGCGGCAUCGAGGAAAAGACGGGGCUGAGUCCGUGUUAUUACUUGGAGAAGGUGGCGAAUGUGCCAAUGGUGAAGUUGCAUUUUGUGGGUAAUGGGUCGAGUGUGGUGCUGCCGAGGAGGAAUUAUUUUUACGAGUUUUUGGACGGUGGAGAUGGGUCAGAGAAGAAGAGGAAUGUGGGGUGUUUGAUGUUGAUGAACGGUGGUGACGAGAAGGAGUUGAGUGGUGGGCCAGGGGCUACUCUAGGGAAUUAUCAGCAACAGGGGUUUGAAGUGGUUUAUGAUUUGGAGAAGAGAAAGGUUGGGUUUGCUAGAAGGAAGUGCGCAUCUUUGUGGGAAAACUUGAACAAAAACUAAGAUACGCAGGGCAUUUGCAUUUUGGUUUUUGACUUGUGGUAAGUUCAUGGUUUGGUUUCAGUGAGCACUUCAUUUUUUGCUUUAAAAAUAAAAACUCCACAAAAGAUGUAUAUAUAAAUGUCUAUAAUGUCACUUUGCCUUGCAUAUACUGUAUAAUAUAAGGUGGAUAUUUAAAGCAAAAAAUGAAGUGUGGGCAAUGGUUCUACUUCUAUGUUUACAUUCUAUUGUAAAAUAUUGUGAUUCUUUUGAAUAAAUUUUCUACUGAUAGUAAAUAGUAACCAAAGCAAAACUUAAAAGACAGAUUUUAAAUUUUUGUAUUGGGGAUUAUUUCCCAUUUGUCCAUGAUGAGGUUCUGUUGGAUAUAGGGCCCAGAAAGAAUCCUUUAUCCUUUCUGGGACCUCAUACAUAGUUAAUUACUAUUCAAAUUCAUGUACGUAGCUGAUUCUUCGUCCA